GCGUGCGGCCUGUGCCAGGCCAGCCGGUGGAGCCCACCACGAGGGGGAGGAGUGGACCGCAAAGCCAGCGUCUCCUUCUGCCCAGGCCUUUGCAUAGUCCCCGGAGCCCAGGCCCGCGCCUCACGCCAAGCGAAGAAAUUUCUAGUGUGGGACCCGCCCCGCCCUCCCUCUAGGGGCGGAGCCUGGAGCGGCGGGGCCAGAGCCACCCGGGGGUGGAAGAUGGAGGCCGCGUUCCCUCGCCCGCAUGGCAGGCGUCCCCUCGAUGGCAAAAAACCCCUCCCUGCCUCAUUCUUAGUUCAAGAUCGUCUUUUGUCUAGCCAUAGGUAACUGCAUCCCUUUCCCUUGCACCUGUUAACAUCUUCAAGGCAGGAGCUGAUGAAGAGAGAGCAGAGACAGCUCGCCUGACUUCUUUUAUUGGUGCCAUCGCCAUUGGAGACUUGGUAAAGAGCACCUUGGGACCCAAAGGCAUGGACAAAAUUCUUCUAAGCAGCGGACGAGAUGCCUCUCUUAUGGUAACCAAUGAUGGUGCCACUAUUCUGAAAAACAUUGGUGUUGACAAUCCAGCAGCUAAAGUUUUAGUUGAUAUGUCAAGGGUUCAAGAUGAUGAAGUUGGUGAUGGCACUACCUCUGUUACCGUUUUAGCAGCAGAAUUAUUAAGGGAAGCAGAAUCUUUAAUUGCAAAAAAGAUUCAUCCACAGACCAUCAUAGCGGGUUGGAGAGAAGCCACAAAGGCUGCAAGAGAGGCACUGUUGAGUUCUGCAGUCGAUCAUGGUUCCGAUGAAGUAAAAUUCCGUCAAGAUUUAAUGAAUAUUGCGGGCACAACAUUAUCCUCAAAACUUCUUACUCAUCACAAAGACCACUUUACAAAGUUAGCUGUAGAAGCAGUUCUCAGACUGAAAGGCUCUGGCAACCUCGAGGCAAUUCAUAUUAUCAAGAAGCUAGGAGGAAGUUUGGCAGAUUCUUAUUUAGAUGAAGGCUUUCUGUUGGAUAAAAAAAUAGGAGUAAAUCAACCAAAACGAAUUGAAAAUGCUAAAAUUCUUAUUGCAAAUACUGGUAUGGAUACAGACAAAAUAAAGAUAUUUGGUUCCCGGGUAAGAGUUGAUUCUACAGCAAAGGUUGCAGAAAUAGAACAUGCGGAAAAGGAAAAAAUGAAGGAGAAAGUUGAACGUAUUCUUAAGCAUGGAAUAAAUUGCUUUAUUAACAGGCAAUUAAUUUAUAAUUAUCCUGAACAGCUCUUUGGUGCUGCUGGUGUCAUGGCUAUUGAGCAUGCAGAUUUUGCAGGUGUGGAACGCCUAGCUCUUGUCACAGGUGGUGAAAUUGCCUCUACCUUUGAUCACCCAGAACUGGUGAAGCUUGGAAGUUGCAAACUUAUCGAGGAAGUCAUGAUUGGAGAAGACAAACUCAUUCACUUUUCUGGGGUUGCCCUUGGUGAGGCUUGUACCAUUGUUUUGCGUGGUGCCACUCAACAAAUUUUAGAUGAAGCAGAAAGAUCUUUGCAUGACGCUCUUUGUGUUCUUGCGCAAACUGUAAAGGACUCUAGAACAGUUUAUGGAGGAGGCUGUUCUGAGAUGUUGAUGGCUCAUGCUGUGACACAGCUUGCCAGUAGAACACCAGGCAAAGAAGCUGUUGCAAUGGAGUCUUACGCUAAAGCACUGAGAAUGUUGCCAACCAUCAUAGCUGACAAUGCAGGCUAUGACAGUGCAGACUUGGUGGCCCAGCUCAGGGCUGCUCACAGUGAAGGCAAUACCACUGCUGGACUGGAUAUGAGGGAAGGCACCAUUGGCGAUAUGGCUAUCCUGGGUAUAACAGAAAGUUUUCAAGUGAAGCGACAGGUUCUUCUGAGUGCAGCUGAAGCAGCAGAGGUGAUUCUGCGUGUGGACAACAUCAUCAAAGCAGCACCCAGGAAACGUGUCCCUGAUCACCACCCCUGUUAAGCAUUCCCACGUGCUGUUGAUCUUUGGACCAGUUUCUAGCAAAGUUGUGUUUGAAAGGUAGUCUCUUAAAGAAGACUGUGGAAUCUGUUUAUUGGUGCCCAUUUUGUAUCCUUAAGUUUGGCUAUUUAGCUGACCUUCUCUUUAACAUAGGUCUAAUUUAUUUGCCGUGUCAUUUUCCGUACAAAUCAGUUGAUUUAAAAGUUCAUUUCUCAUACUGUGCAUUAAAAUAAACAUUUGAACAAUUA